AGAAGUAUUCUUGCUUGCGUAGCGUUGAGUGAUACCUUUGCUUCAGUCACAUUCCGGCAAGUUGGUUGGAAGCUGAUUGAUUUGCUUAUCACGUUUGCAUUAUUCUUAUCGAUUUGAUUUUGUAGCUUCGUAACAGGUUCCUGAAUCAGAGAGUAGUACGAUGUCAGCUUUCGGAAUGGAACGUUGGAAGGGAAAAGUGGCCGUUGUGACCGGUGCCAGUUCCGGCAUUGGUGCCGCGAUCGUGGUGCAUCUGGCCAAGGCUGGAAUGGUCGUGGUGGGCUUGGCUAGACGAGUCGAAAUGGUGGAAGCCCUUAAAUCUGAGCUACCGGAAGAUUUUAAGAGCCAUCUGCAUGCGAUCAAGUGUGAUGUUGCCAAUGAAGAGGACAUCAUAAAAUCAUUCAAGUGGGUUGAAGAUAAAUUCGGUGGUGUGGAUGCGUUGAUUAACAAUGCUGGAGUAGCUCCCAAAAAGGAAAUACUUAAGUCAAGUUCCCAGCAGCUCAAAGAAAUUUUGGAUAUCAACGUAAUGGGAUUGGCGUUGUGCAGUCGCGAAGGUUUCCAAUCCAUGAAGAAACGGUCGGUUGAUGGACACAUCAUUCACAUUAACAGCAUUCUUGGUCAUCAUGUGAUAAAUAUGCCCUCUCUAGGCAUCUAUCCAGCCUCGAAACAUGCAGUGACGGCAAUCACCGAAACCAUGCGUCACGAGUUGCGAACCGAAGGAACUAAAGUGAAAGUCACUAGCAUCAGCCCAGGUGCGGUCAGAAGCGAGAUGACGAAGGGUUUGGAACAUCUUGGUGAAUUCCCUUUUCUGGAACCCGAAGACAUUGCCGAUGGCGUUUUGUACGUGCUAAGUACCCCACCGAGAGUGCAAGUGCACGAACUGAUGAUCAAGCCUGCCGGUGAACCGUUUUAACUUGUUGAAGUUGUGUAAGGAAAGCAAAUUAAAUUUAUGAAAAUAUCCCUUCAA